CAUUUCUGUUGUCAAUUAGUUUUGUCAAAAUGGCGUUUAGCUUUCCUGCUUUUUCUUAUAUUAUAGCCCUUAUAAUAGAUGCAUUCCUGAUAUUUUUUUCAAUUUUCCAUGUGAUAGCUUUUGACGAACUUAAAACGGAUUAUAAAAACCCUAUAGAUCAAUGUAACAGCCUCAACCCACUAGUCCUGCCAGAAUACCUCUUGCACUUGUUUAUAAACGUGUUGUUCCUGUUAUCGGGAGAAUGGUUUUCGCUGUUGAUAAACGUGCCUUUGAUUCUGUAUCAUAUACACAGAUACCGCACGCGGCCAGUGAUGUCAGGGCCUGGCCUGUAUGACCCCACAAGCAUAAUGAAUGCAGAUGUUCUGACAGUUUGUCAACGAGAAGGCUGGAUCAAAUUGGCGUUCUACCUCUUGUCAUUCUUUUUAUACCUAUAUGGAAUGAUUGUGGUGCUGAUUGCAGCAUAAUUUGGAUGGCAGUCCCUAAUAUUAAGAGGUUUACUGUUGUUUAUAAUUAGCAAUCCUUAAGUCAAAUAGUAAGAGGAACAAAUUUGUGAAAAAGGUUUCAACACCCUGACAGAAAAAUACAUCAUUUUACUCAUAUCUAUUGUGAGAUCUGUGAUGCUACUUUUUUUUUAAAGCUCCCCAUUGAGUCAGAAAUAAAAACAGUUAGACUUAAAUGUCUCAUAGUAACUGUUGAAAACAGAGUAGAUUGGUGGAAGGAUUUAGAGUAUUUAGAUAUGUAUUCACUGCCUGAUAGCAAAUUUACAUAAAUUUAAAAGUAUGCUUAAAAGUUAAAACUAAUAGUAUUAUCAAUUCUAUCCAAGGCAAUAUUUUCAAUCUAUUGUAAAUUAACACUUUUUAUGAAAAUAUUUUGUUAUUUUCUAUAACAUAAAUAUAUUAUGGAUCAAAUAAAAUUAGAAGAAUCAUAUUGUCAUUAAGUACUUAAUAAAAUCUGAACAUUGAAUUUAUUCAUUGCAAUGCAAUAUGUCAAAAGCAACAUUUAAUGAGGGUGUUGAGUUACAAUUGUGUCAGUGUGAAUAUAAUUAAUAAUAACAUCAUAUCUUUUAAUUAAUUGAAAUACGGUUGUACUCACGUUAUUAUAUCGCUUUUCUGCGUCUAGCCGUCGCGUGAACUCAUAUACGCCUGAAGAGGGGCCUCCGAAUUGGCCCGAAACAUGUCGCAGCAAUAGCGAUAUAAUAACGUGAGUACAACCGUAUUUCAAUUAAUUAUUUGAAUAUGUCUCACGGAAGUUUAACGUGUAUCAUAUCUUUUACUUUAUCCUGUAGCUAAUUUAUAUGUAUUAAUAUCUGUCAGGGUUGUUGUCCUAUACUGAUGCAAUUCUAGUGACUGUUUGUGAACGAAAGUAUUUUAUUAAUAAAAAUUACUGCAAAUAAUUUAUGUAAA